AGAGAGAGAGAGAGCGCAGAGAGACCUAGGAGAGAGCGCUCAAGGAAAUACCGUGUAAAGUUAGUGCACACACUGGAGAGAGCGAGAUCAGGUAAAGAGACGGCUGUAUAGCACGCAAAGGGGGAAAGAGACGGCACAAGUCAAUGAGAGAGACUUUACAUAACAACGACCGCCUCAACACAUAGAGACACAUCUAGUUUAGUGCAAGCUGUAGAGACAGAUAUCAUGGAGCUCUGAUAAGGAACAGUAAUGGGGCCAUAGAUUAGACAGCCAGGGGAAAGGACACUGCCCAGGCAGCAGAAAAUGAGACAGCGGGAACUCCGAGACAGCCAAAGAAGAGGAUAAAUCUUCAUCUUCCCUGAAGGAGAAUGAGGCAGCAGAAAGUCGCGGUGAGGAUGGCGGCAUUCUGCCCCCUAGCACUUCACACGCUGCUGAUACCCUACCUGGCGUGGCUGGUGGCCCCCACGCUGAGCUACAAGCCAGUCAUUGUGGUCCACGGACUGUUCGACAGCUCCGCCAACUUCAAGCAUCUGCUGGAAUUUAUCAACCAGUCUCACCCCGGCACGAAUGUCUCCGUCUUGGACCUGUUUGAUCACCGGGAGAGCUUGCAGCCCCUCUGGAAGCAGGUGGAGGGCUUUCGGGAAGCCAUUUAUCCGAUAAUGCAGAACGCGGGCAGCGAUGGGGUCCACCUGCUCUGCUACUCACAAGGAGGGCUGAUAUGCCGGGGUAUCCUGCAGACAAUGCCCGACCACAACGUGGACACGUUUAUAUCUCUGUCCUCUCCUCAGAUGGGACAGUAUGGAGACACGGAUUACCUGCGCUACCUGUUCCCGAAGUACAUGAAAUCCAAUCUCUACCGGCUGUGUUACACGCAGUUUGGGCAGACCUUCUCCAUCUGCAACUUCUGGAACGAUCCGCAUCACCACGACAUUUACGUGAACGUGAGCGACUUUCUCGCAGCCCUCAACUCGGAGCGGCCGCAGCCCAACGCGACAGACUGGAAGAAGAAUUUCCUGCGCCUGCGCAGAAUGGUGCUUAUCGGGGGUCCGGAUGACGGGGUCAUCACUCCUUGGCAGUCGAGUCACUUUGGGUUCUAUGAUGAAAAUGAGACCAUUCUGGAGAUGAAGCAGCAGAUGGUUUAUCGGCAGGACACGUUCGGACUCCGCUCGCUGGAUCGCAGAGGGGCCGUCGCCGUGUACUCGGUGCCCGGGGUCUUACACACCAUGUGGCACUCCAACCAAACCGUGUUCAAGGAGUGCAUCGAGAAAUGGCUGACUUAAAGCAGGGGGCGGCGGGGAGGCGAGGGUUAACGCACAGCACCCAUACCCUCAAUGCCCCCUACUGCCCCAGCGC